AUGGCCGGAGUAGAGAACGUAACAUCUGUCGCGAAGCCGGAAGCUGAUACGACUGUUCCCAGCUCUUCAACGAUGAGUGAAACCGCAACGAAAGAUGCUCGCCGCGCUGCAAGACUGGAGAAAAGAAAACAAGGCCACAGAACGCAUACGAUACCGAUUCCGUCCCCGCCACGAGCACCUACCCCGCCUCCCCGCAGAAUGAUACCCGUCACAAAACGUCCCAUACCGCGACCGACUACUCUUACUGCCAGCGCUACUCCGUUGAGGUCCUUGACGAUAAUGACCUACAACAUCCUUGCACAGUGUUUAUGUCGAAGGGAAUUGUAUCCAUAUUGUGGCAAGAACGACCUCAAAGGCAAGACCCGGUUUCCCAUGAUCAUUGAGGAGAUUACCAAGAGACAUCGACCGGAUAUUGCGUGUCUGCAAGAAGUCGAUCACUUUGAUGAUCUCCUUGCUCCCGAGCUGCAAUCGGCAGGGUACGAUUAUGAAUACCUCAAGAAAAAUCCAGAGAAAGAGUUUGGGCAUGGAUUAUGUAUCCUGUGGAAGAAGGAGAUGUUUUCUAAACAUAAAUAUCAAUCGAUCUUCUUUGACGACUCACCGUUGACGCAUCCUACGCCGGUCACCCCGGUGACUCAUAAUAUUGGGCAGUUGUUGGCUUUAAAGUUUCUUUUGCCGUCCGCACCAGCGGCUCACGGCGGCGUCCCUGGAGUGGUUAUCACAAACAGCCAUUUAUAUUGGCGACCUCGUGCGCAGUAUGAGAAACUCCGACAGGCAUACGUGUUGCUGGAAGAAGUAGUGAGGUUUAAGAGAAACAUUGAGGAAGAGGAACAACCGUAUCCGAGCGAACGACCGACUGCGGGUGAUAGCCUUCGAUCAUGGCCUAUUUUCUUGUGUGGAGAUUGGAACACAUCACCGGAAGACGGCCUCUACCGAUGUCUAACAAAGCAGCCGCUGACAGCCGAUCAGCGUGCAAAACUCGAGCCGACCAACAAUUCAGAGGAUUCAUCAGACGCAGGGGAUGAGCCCAUACUACCUCCAGUAUCUGAAGCUGUCACAAAUGCAAAGCCUGUGGAGAACCCAGUGCCAACGCCUGUUCUUGUGUCACAUAUUUCAAACCUGCCAAGGUUACAUAGCUGUUAUUCGACGUAUCGAGAAACGGAUGAGAAUCAUCCCGUGAAUCCGGAUUGGACAGAGGGUGAUUUGUGGGAGGGCGAACCGACGUACACCAAUUUUUCAACUUGGAAAGGAACUUUGGAUUACAUUUUUGUUGCCGAUGAGUCGGCUAAAAGUUCAACUGGCGGGGCAGAGAGCGACUCUACCCAGCGACGCAUUCCGACUGCUGCGCAAGUAUCAAAGGUUUUGGACAUUCCACACGCACAAUAUUUGGCACCUGGUCUUCCCAAUCCACAUUUUCCAAGCGACCAUGUGUGCCUGAUGGCGGAGCUCAAGCUGUAUUAA